CAGGUUGCUGCGACUUUAAUGCGAAACCGAAAGCGAAAGGCGCCGAGUCCACUGGAAUUAAGUUUCCCCAAACUCUUCUGCGGUCUUUUCCAGGCGCCUGGGGCGGCUCCGCCGAGCCGGGACUUUGCGCCCUCACUCACAUGCCCCCCUUUCAGGGGCCUUUCGGGGUUGCAACGUGCCCAGCCUGAUACCCUGAUGAAGCUGCCGCCGUCCCGGCCCCAGCCGCCGCCGCCGGGGAUCUGACCCUGCGCGCCCGCCCUGGAGAGGCAGGCGCCCUUCCCUAGCGCUUCCCAUGCCAUGGCCCGGCUGCUGCUCCUGCUCUGCGGCAUCGUCGGGCUCCUGUCCGCCGGCACCAGCGCGGCCGCGCUGCAAGAAAGAUGCAGCACGCCAAAGGAGGUCAACAACGCAGAUGUUACGGUCGGCAAUAAUAAUUUGUUGAAUGCCAGCCUCCGGUACACAUGCAAAGAUGGUUACAAAAGGAAAGCUGGGACAUCCAGCCUCAUUGUGUGUGUAAUGGACGAAGUCACCAAAAUGCUCCGUUGGACAGAGCCAAAUCUACGUUGUAUUAGGGACCCCGCUCUACCUCCUUUAACUUCCAGCCCCAAACAGACAACAUCAGCACCUAGGACAGAGGCGACCAGGCUUGUCAGCAGAGAAUCAAAGACUUUUACACCAUCUAAACCACCAGUAACCAGAGUAACUGCAGAGAUUACCACAGUCCCAGUCAUGGCCUCCACACCAUCCUAUGAAAGGGAGGUGACAAGCCUCAGGACUGACAAGCCUUCACGGGAAACACUUGCAACAGCAACAACUGAGAUCAGGUCAUCAAAAGGGCCUGCUUGCAUGACCAUGGAAGACACAACACAACGGCGCACCACAGCCACCCAGGACACACACACGUCCCAGCUCUGGAUGGAUAAGCCAUCGUUGAAAACAGUUACAACAGAAGGAGAUUGGUCAACAGCAGUGCCAGCCAGUGUGACCACAGGAGACUCAACACAGCUUCUCACAGCAGUCACCCAUAACACUAAAGUUUCCACCCGAGUUAUGCUCUCUUCUGUGGGGUUUCCCAUGUUGCUGACCUUUGUAGCUGUUGCAUUAUGUUGUGUCUGGAGACAGCGAGUCCACAUGAGGCGACAAUACACAAUACCUGUGAUAGCCAUUCCCAUGACCCCAGAGGAGUCAGAACAAAGGGAUGGAACACCACCAGAAGACAGUGGCUCAAACGGUCCAGAACAACCAAGUGAAGGGACAGAGAUGAUGUCAUCAUCUUGUGUGACAUCGACUGGUUGAACAAUAACACUUAGUGAAAUCAGUGUAUCCGUUAAACUUGAAAGGGGAAGGGAUCCUUGCUGCUCACAAAGACCAACAGGCCAGUUGGAUUAGGUGCUGACUUGUCAAUUACCACAUGUCAGCUACUCAAUUUGAGAUUGGAAAUACAGCCUCAUUUCUAAGAUGUGGCAAGUGUGCAGAAGAUCUGAUUUCCUGGCCCACCAUCGUUUCAAAGAGAGGAUAGGAAUGGUCUCAUAAACCUUACUGCAUCCCUGCUCUGUUCUUUGAGCUGAACAUCCUGUACCCAUAAGAGAGUGUCUAGAUAACUUGGACAUAUCUUUUAAUUCUUAUUUUAAUGAAUGGUUGCUUUCAAAAGAGAAAUCACACAGGCAUUUAAAUGCCCAAGGAGAACUGUCCAUGUGGAAAGUUCUGAAAAAACUUCGGGUGGCCUCUUAUAUGCAGUGUAAAGACGACGCCAGAGAAGAAGCGGUUGGUGAUCUGAUAGUGAAGAACACAGCUUAGGACCACCUAGGACCCAGACAGAGAGAACAGAAAGACGGCAUUUACCUACGAAGCCAUCAAGUGAAGAACACGGCUUGUUUUCCUGCUGCUACCAGCAAAAUCCUGAGUAAAGAGCAAGUCUGAGAAUCAGAAAACUCACGUCUAACUAUUUUGGGGUCAGCCAUGAUCAUUUGCUCAGGAACCUUUCAGAAACACGUUAGAAUCUGAUCCCAGAUGCUUGCACGUUCCAGGUGCAUCCAGAAGACACGAGACAGAUGUCCUUUGGACCACACCACCACCACCAGCAUAGCACUUUUACAGAUGUUACACAAUGGCCAUUGUAAUGGAAAUAUUUUACAUUGCCGUUUUCCCUCCCAGGGAGGGCACGUGCCUAUAUUCUCCUUUUCAAAUACCCCCCCACUCCACCCUGGACUAGUCCUCAGCCAAUCCCUCAUGCUGUACAAUACAUGAACACAUUGCUUUGCAC